GGUUAGUGGGUCCAUCGGCGACGACGACGACGACGCCGCCACACCUUGCUUGGCACGUUCAAUGGCGCCAUCGACCACAAGAUUGAUAUCUGGUGAUCGACAUGAUGAAUAUUGAGCCCUCGAGUUGCUCUAGUCAUCGACGCUGAAGUCAGAGACUCUUCCUAUCAGGCCAAAGCAACAUGACACGCCUCUUCGAGCCUCUGCAAAUUGGAGAAUGCUCCUUGAAGCAUCGCCUCGUCAUGGCGCCGAUGACGCGUCUAAGGGCGGACGACGAACACGUGCCUCUUGAGAUGAUGCUGGAAUACUAUUCACAACGCGCUUGUGUUCCUGGGACUCUCCUCAUCACCGAAUCUAACUUUAUAGCAGCUAGAUCUCGUGGGAGGGAUGAAAAUGCACCAGGGAUCUUCAUGCAGGCUCAAAUCAAACAAUGGCGUCGCAUUACCAACGAGGUGCAUAGGAAAGGAUCCUUCAUCUUCAUGCAGCUCUGGCACGUUGGGAGAGCCGCGAGAAAGAGCGCUCUCGAAAAGGCAGGCCUAGAGAUGCUCAGCAGCAGUGCAGUUCCCAUUGGUGAUGACUACAUGACGCCACGACCUAUGACCGAAGACGAGAUCCAAAACACCAUCGACGAUUUUGCUCAAGCGGCUCGCAACGCAGUAGAAGCCGGCUUCGAUGGUGUCGAAAUCCAUGGAGCGAACGGCUAUUUGAUCGAUCAAUUCAUUCAAGACGUAUGCAAUCAACGAACGGAUCGAUGGGGAGGGACCAUCGAGAACAGAUCACGAUUUUGUCUCGCCAUUGUGCGCGCAGUCUGCGAGGCCAUCGGACCCAAACGCACAGCGAUUCGCCUCUCACCGUUCAACACAUUCCAAGGAAUGCGCAUGCAGGAUCCAAUCUUUCAAUUCACUCAUCUCAUCUCCGAACUAAGAUCAUUCGGCCUCGCGUACCUGCAUUUGAUCGAGCCUCGCGUUGCCGGGAACGCCGAUGUAGAUAACAAGGAGAGCCAGGCGGACAACUUGGACUUUGCAAGGGCAGCGUGGCAGAAGUCUAGUCCCAUCAUCAUCGCUGGUGGAUAUACACCGAAGAAUGCUGGUGAAGCUCUCGACACUGUUUUCAAAGACGACGAUGUCGCAAUCGCAUUUGGCAGGUACUUCCUCUCGAAUCCUGAUCUACCAUUCAGAAUUGCAAAGAACCUGCCUUUGACACCAUAUCAACGCGACACAUUCUAUAAAGUCAAGAGCCCGGACGGCUACACUGACUACCCUUUCUCAGAAGCAUGGUUGAAUGAUCAUCCAGAACACAUUACGACAAAGAGCUAGAUUGGUGACGAGUGUUAUAACGGCGCAACUACAUUAGAUACACUUUCUAGAA